CGCCCCCGGCGCGGUUCAGGCCACGCCCACCUGUCCUGCGGGCCUAGAUACUUUGUGAGUUGGUGAUUGUUGCGUACCAUAGCCGGACUCAGAAGGGGCUUCCCUGCUCGGCUGGCUCUCGGUUUCUCUGCUCUCCCUCCGGAAAAAUAGCGGCGUCUUCCGCAUCGCGCCAUGGCGCCUCCCGGCCGCCGCGAGCGUCCCUUUUCUUCCGGUCGGUUUCCUGGGUUGCUUUUGGCUACCCUCGUGUUGCAGCUAUCCUCCUUCUCCGAUGCCUGUGAGGCGCCACCAACAUUUGAAGCUAUGGAGCUCAUUGGUAAACCAAAACCCUACUAUAAGGUUGGGGAACGAGUAGAUUAUAAGUGUAAAAAAGGAUACUUCUAUGUACCUCCUCUUGCCACCCAUAGUAUUUGUGAUCGGAAUCAUACAUGGCUACCUGUCUCAGAUGAGGGCUGUUAUAGAGAAAUGUGUCCACAUAUACGGGAUCCUUUAAAUGGUGAAGCAAUCCUUGCAAAUGGGUCUUACGAGUUUGGUUCUGAGUUACACUUUAUUUGUAACGAGGGUUAUUACUUAAUUGGUAAAGAUAUUCUAUAUUGUGAACUUAAAGACACAGUAGCAGUUUGGAGCGGUAAGCCCCCAUUAUGUGAAAAGAUUUUGUGUACACCACCUCCAAAAAUAAAAAAUGGAAAACACACCUUUAGUGAAGUAGAAGUGUUUGAGUAUCUUGAUGCAGUAACUUACAGUUGUGAUCCUGCACCUGGACCAGAUCCAUUUUCACUUAUUGGAGAGAGCAUGAUUUAUUGUGGUAACAAUUCAACAUGGAGUCAUGCUGCUCCAGAGUGUAAAGUGGUCAAAUGUCGAUUUCCAGUAGUUGAAAAUGGAAAACAGAUAUCAGGAUUUGGAAAAAAAUUUUACUACAAAGCGACAGUUAUGUUUGAAUGCGAUAAGGGUUAUUACCUCAACGGCAGCGACAAAAUUGUCUGUGAGAGUAACAGUACUUGGGAUCCCCCAGUUCCAAAAUGUCUUAAAGUGUCGACUUCUCCCAAUACAAAAUCUCCAACGUCCAGUGCCUCAGGUCCUAGGCCUACUUACAAGCCUCCAGUCUCAAAUUAUCCAGGAUAUCCCAAACCUGAUGAAGGAAUACUUGACAGUUUGGAUGAUUGGGUCAUUGCUCUGAUUGUUAUUGUCAUAGUUGUUGCAGUUGCAGUAAUUUGUGUUGCCCUGUACAGAUUUCUUCAAGGGAGGAAGAAGAAAGGCACAUACCUAACUGAUGAGAACCACAGAGAAGUAAAAUUUACUUCUCUCUGAGAAGAAGAGAUGAGAGAAAGGUUUGCUUUUAUCAUUAAAAGGAAAGCAGAUGGGGGACCUGAAUAUGCCACUUACCAGACGAAAUCAACCCCUCCAGCAGAGCAGAGAGGCUGAGUGGAUUCCACAGCCUCGUUUGCUAGUUCAUCUUUUGACCUCUAUUAAAAUCUUCAGAUACGCAGUUGUUAUUCUCUAGUUUCACUCUCAUGAAUGCAACUGUGGCUUAACUAACAUUCCAAUGUGGCUUGAAUGUAGGUAGCAUGCUUUGAUGCUUCUUUGAAACUUGUAUGAAUUUGGGUAUGAACAGAUUGCCUGUUUUCCCUUAAAUAACACUUAGAUUUAUUGGACGAGUCAGCACAGCAUGCCUGGUUGUAUUAAAGCAGGGAUGUGCUGUAUUUUAUAAAAUUGGCAAAAUUAAAGAAAUAUAGUUCAAAAUGAAAUUAUAUUUUCUUUGUAAAGAAAGUGGCUUUGAAAUCUUUUUUGUUCAAAGAUUAAUGCCAACUCUUAAGAUUCAUUCUUUCACCAACUAUAGAAUGUAUUUUACAUAUCGUUUGUUGUAAAAAGCCCUUACGAAUAUGUGUAUACUACUUUGGCUCUUGUGCAUUAAAAACAAGAACACUGAAAAUUGGGAAUAUGCACAAGCUUGACUUCCUUAACCAAGAAUAUUAUUGGAAAAUUCUCUAAAAGUUAAUAGGGUAAAUUAUCUAUUUUUUGUAAUGUGGUGAUUUCAGAAAGCUAGAAAGUGUAUGUGUGGCAUUUGUUUUCACUUUUUAAAACAUCCCUAACUGAUGGCAUAUAUCAGUAAUUUCAGAAUCAGAUGCAUCCUUUCAUAAGAAGUGAGAGGACUCUGACAGCCGUAACAGGAGUGCCACUUCAUGGUGUGAAGUGAACACUGUAGCCUUGUGGUUUUCCCAAAGAGAACUCCAUAUGUUCUCUUAGGUUGAGUAACCCACUCUGAAUUCUGGUUACAUGUGUUUUUCUUUCCCUCCUUAAAUAAAGAGAGGUGUUAAACAUGCCAUCUAAAAGUGGGUGGUUUUGAAGAGAAUAAAUUCAUCAGAUAACCUCAAGUCAUGUGAGAAUCUUAGUCCAUCUACAUUGCCUUGGCUAGUAGAAGCCUCUUACCUAUGUAUGUGUCUUACCAUCUCCUAAAAGGCAGAGUACAAAGUAAGCCAUGUAUCUCAAGAAGGUAACUUCACUUUGUCUAUUUGCUGUUGAUUGUACCAAGGAAUGAAAAAAGUAAAUAUAACUCAGGUAGCACUUUAUACUCAGGCAGAUCUCAGCCCUCUACUGAGUCCCUUAGCCAAGCAGUUUCUUUCAAAGAAGCCAGUGGGCAAAAAGCAGGGACUGCCACUCCCAAUUCAGAUCACACUGUUAAAAGUUGUGUUUUGAAAUUUUAUGUUUAGUUGCACAAACUGGGCCAAAGAAACGUUGCCUUGAGGAAGAUAUGAUUGGAGAAUCAAGAGUGUAGAAGAAUAAAUACUGUUUUACUGUCCAAAGACAUGUUUAUAGUGCUCUGUACAUGUUCCUUUCCUUUGUAAUCUCUGGCGAGAUGCUUUAGGAAGAUAAAAGUUUGAGGAGAACAAACAAGAAUUCUGAAGUAAGCACAGAGUUGAAGUUUAUACCCAUGUCACAUGCUUUUCAAAAAUGUCGCAAUUACUUAGAAGCAAGGAAUGGUGUUUUUUUAAAACCUAAUUGAAGUAUAUUCAAACACUGUAAUGUAUAAAAUAAAUAUUAUACAAUAUACUUGUAUAGUGGUUUCUGCUUCACAUUUGAUUUUUCAAAUUUAAUAUUUAUAUUAGAGAUCUAUGUAUAAAUAUGUAUUCUGUCAAAUUUGUUACUUAAAUAUAUGGAGAUCAGUUUUCUCUGGAAGUUUAAAUGACAGGAAGAAGUGUAUAUGAAUUUAAGAAAAUUUUUUAAGCUGCAAAAAUGUAUUUGCUAUAAAAUGAGAAGUCUCACUUAUAGAAGUUCUUUAUUGCUCACUUUGUAAAAAAUUGACUCUUGAAAUCUGCUAAAAUAAAAUUGUACAUUUGGAGACGUUU